AAUACCAAUCAUAAUGCAUGCCUAAUGUUUUUAUUUUUCUAUUUUGGCAAUUUAUUAACUCUAAUUCUAUGUGUAUAUAAAAAAAUGUAUAGUAAUUAAACUCACAAGAAGCAUAGGUGUAUUACAGGAUAGCCUAAGAUGGCAUUUACACUAUGGUCUUGGGGUGCAAAUUCUCACGGCCAACUCGGUCUAAAUGUAAUAAGCGAACAAGUAGACGCCCCUACUAAGAUCACCAGAGACUUUUGGUCCAAGACGAAACAAGUUGCUUGUGGAGGUGGACACACUUUACUGUUAGAUGAUGAUGGAAAGCUUUUUGCUUGUGGAUGGAAUGUUAAAAAACAGUUAGGCCUGGUGGAUGAAGCUAUUUACUUUGAAAGGGUUUGGUGUCUAAGUGGUAUUAAUUUUACAAAUAUCUCCUCUGGUUGGGACUUUAGUUGUGGUGUUACUGAUGAAAAAUAUUUAUUUGUGUGGGGUUCUAAUAGCCAUGGUCAAUUAGGCCUACCUAAAGAACACUUUUCAGAUGCUGUUAAACCAGUGAGGUUACAAGUCAAUGCUUGUUCAGUAUCUAUGGGCUUGCGACAUACAGCUAUUAUUAAUUCAAAAGGUGAAGUUUGGACCACAGGAUGUGGAAAACAUGGUCAACUUGGUCUGGGUCCACAUAUUUUAAUAUCAGACAGAUUUCAGAAGGUUCCAUUGAAAAGCAUGGUGACACAUCUAGUUUGUGGACAAAACCAUACAUUAGCAUGGAGCUCAGAUGAAAAGGCUUUAUAUGUUUGGGGGGAUAAUAAACAUAGUCAGCUUUUAUUGGCACCUGAGAAAUAUAAAAAAGUUUACAAGCCACAAAAGAUUGAUAUUGAUGUUAAAAAAAAGGUGAAAAAACUUCUCAGUGGUUGGACUAAUGCUUUACUGUGGUUAGAAGAUGGUCAACUUCUUGCUUGGGGCAGAAAUAACUAUGGACAACUUGGAACAAAUGAGCCAUUUGAAGGAAAAAUUAUUCAUAUUAAAUUACCAGAAGAACGACUAGUCAAAGAUGUAGUAUUGGGGUCAGAACAUACAGUUUGUUUAGCAACCGAUAAUACAUUAUGGGCAUGGGGCUGGAAUGAGCAUGCUAAUACUGGGACUGCAUCUGGAGACUUCGUAUUCACUCCAAGUCUUAUAUCAUUUGAUCAAGAUUUACAUAGUCAAAUUACACAAAUAUAUGCUGGAAGUGCACACAAUUUUGUAGUUACCGAAAAAGAAAGAAAUGAAGGUCGUGGUGAAGGGUUAUGUGAGCCUCACUGUGCAUACCCAAAAAAAACCAUGGUGCCACCAGCAAUUGCCCGGUAACAGCGCAGCCUUGUCCGCAUCCUGCAUCGCGAACAGGCGUUGAAAGCACGGCCCAAUAGGGCUAUGAAUGAUGUGGAAUGGACCUUGACACAACAAGGGCCUUUCAUAUCGCCCUGAUUUGUAAAGCUAGGAGAGGACGGCUACAAUGCUUACAGAGAUGCGUCAGCAUCGCAUUUUUGGACGCAUGAAUCCCUGUUUCCCUGUUAAAGCGUCUGCGUGCCUAGGAUUACACAAGGCAAUACACGGUGGAGCGGCGACGAAGAAUGGCUGCGGGAUCGAUCUCUCUGGCUGUGUCCGACUCGUCUUUAUGGCGCAUGACGGCAUCACAGAAUCUUUGGACUUCGCACGUGCCGGCAUUGGCCGUACUUUUAACUUGUGCAGACUUCCUCGCACUCUAGCACGCCCAGUAGAGACCUCCUUUUCACUUCCGAAGCUAGGCAAUCCUUAAGAGUGUGGAGCGCGUCAUCAACAACACCGGCGUCACAAUGGUGGCAGGUUGGUGCCUCCCCACGCCCUUUCUUUGACUUCGGUGAUCGCAAUUCAAAGCGAUAUGCACGUCAGAGCGGCUUGAAACCACAUAGCUUCGUCCUCAGUAUUUAUAAGUUCUGGAUUGGGGCUCUGAGCCCCACAGUUACAGAACAGUUAUGGCUCUGAGCCCCACAGUUACAGAAAAGUUAUGGCUCUGAGCCCCACAGUUACAGAACAGUUAUGGCUAAUUCCGCUUGCCUUAUCUGAUCUUCUAAAGGCCAAGUUUUAACGAACUUGGUCUGAUUUCCGGAUACGAAGACAGGUGUUGACUAACUAUAUAUUCUCUGUUCGCUUGCUCGUUGCCCCUGUUUGCAACUAACAGAUUGUACCUGCGGCCCAGUGAGAAGUGCACACGACAUACUGAAUACAUAGAUAAAUACAUUGAUUUGGUCACCAACUACGCCAGACUUCGCGUUUACGUCCGCAGCGAUGUCAAAUUUCCCCGGGCGACUGGAGUGAACUACGCUAUCUAGUUCCCUUAGGACCUAUUUGGUGCCACAACAAGCAUCCAUAUGGGUUGUGUUUUACCACCUCAUUAUGAAAAAGUAGACAUUCCACAUUCCUAGUAAAUAAUAAAUAGUUACAGGUUUUCACUUUCUAUUGUGUUUCUUACACAUCUUAUCUAUACUGCAUAAUUUUUCUUUCUAACAUUUCAGUCCAAGUAUUUGUAGAUAUUCAGAUAAUAAAGAUGAGUAGUCAGAGCUCUUGACAAUUUUACAUAGAUAUUUUAUAAAUAUUUAUUUAUUAUUUUUGUUUAGUAUAAAUAUAUAUAACAAUUAUACAAUCUUUUCAUACAUAAAAGUUGUUGUUUUAACACAAAACUGGCAACUGAUGCUAA